GGGAAAAAUCCAAUGAAAAAAGUUGUAAAUAUAAAAAAUAUGUUGUAUGUAUAUUUUAAUAAAAGUCAAAAGCUACAUGAUGAUACAGUAAAGUUGUAUGCGAGAAAUUUUAAAAAAAUUAAAAAACGGCCAUUUGACCGCGCAUGGUAA